CGGCAGCCAGCGAUGUUUCAGACCGAAACAAAGGCGUCAAAAAAUUCCCCAAAAGUUCAUCGCCGCACUGACACUGCACCACCUGUCUCUCUGUCUAUAAAUAUUUUCCCGGCUCCGGCGUUUUGUUUCGCUCUCUCGAUCGCGUUCAUGCUUUUCCAUGAACACGCCCGUGAAACACACAGCAUAAAGCGCUCGAUCUUGUCUACCAUAUUAGCUCAUCCUUACCGCCGCUAGCGCGGAGCAAUUGAUGAUCCCGGCCGUCUCGGCGAUCAUGGACGACGGCGGCGUAUAUCACGCCGCCGCCCAGGGCGUGAACGCGCCGCUGCUUCCCGAGACCAACCUCAAGGGUCGGCGUCCUCCGGGAGGGCAGAAGCGGCCGUCGACCCUUCUCCCGGCCAUCUUUCUGACCGUGCUCAUCCUCUCGCUCGUCGGGCUCGCGGUUUACGACGACGGCCAGGCGUCCGUCACGCGGCCUGGAGACCAGGUCGCGGCAGCGGGCCGCGCGGUGGAGGUGGCCGCCACCCGCGGCGUGGCGGAGGGCGUGUCCGAGAAGUCCAACGCCCCGGCGCUCCUCGGCGGCGGUGGCGCCUACGACUGGACCAACGCGAUGCUGUCGUGGCAGCGCACGGCGUUCCACUUCCAGCCGGAGAAGAACUGGAUGAACGAUCCCAACGGUCCAUUGUACUACAAGGGAUGGUACCACCUGUUCUACCAGUGGAACCCACACGGAGCGGUGUGGGGCAACAUCAGCUGGGGCCACGCCGUGUCGCGCGACCUCAUCCACUGGCUCCACCUGCCGCUAGCCAUGGUGCCCGACCACUGGUACGACAUCAACGGCGUGUGGUCUGGCUCUGCGACGCAGCUCCCCGAUGGCCGGAUCGUGAUGCUCUACACCGGCUCCACGGAGGACGGCGUGCAGGUGCAGCUCCUAGCGGAGCCGGCGGACCCGUCGGACCCGCUACUGCGGUGCUGGGUGAAGUCGGAGUCGAAUCCCAUCCUGGUGCCGCCGCCGGGCAUCGGGCUCACGGACUUCCGUGACCCGACAACGGCGUGGCUAAACCCCACCGACAAAGCGUGGCGGAUCGCCAUCGGGUCCAAGGACCAGGAGCACGCCGGGCUGGCAUUGGUGUACCGGACGAAGGACUUCGUGCGCUACGACCCGCUGCCCACGUUGAUGCGCGUCGUGUCGGGCACGGGUAUGUGGGAGUGCGUGGACUUCUACCCCGUGGCCUUCGACCCGGCGGCCAGCGGUGAGGUCGGGCUCGACACGUCCGUGCCGCCGGGGCCUGGGGUGAAGCACGUGCUCAAGACCAGCCUCGACGACGACCGGCACGACUACUACGCCAUCGGGACGUAUGAUGCCGAGACGGACAGGUGGACGCCGGACGACGAGGCGAUUGACGUCGGGAUCGGGCUCCGCUAUGACUACGGCAAGUUCUACGCGUCCAAGACAUUCUACGACCCCGUGCGACGGCGGCGCGUGCUGUGGGGGUGGAUCGGCGAGUCCGAUAGCGAGCGCGUCGACAUCCUCAAGGGGUGGUCGUCCCUCCAGUCAAUACCCAGGUCGGUUCUGAUGGACACGAAGACGGGCAGCAACCUGCUCCAGUGGCCGGUGGUGGAGGUGGAGAACCUCCGUAUGCGCGGCAAGCGCUUCGACGGCCUCGCCGUGCAGCCCGGCUCCGUCGUGCCCCUGGACGUCGGCAAGGCGACGCAGCUGGACAUCGAGGCCGUCUUCCAUGUGGACGUGGAUGCGUCGGCUGCCAGGAGCGUGGCGGGGGCAGAAGCGUCGUACAACUGCAGCUCGAGCGCCGGCGCUUCCGGGCGGGGACUGCUCGGCCCGUUCGGGCUCCUCGUCCUCGCUGACGAGGGCCUGUCGGAGCAGACCGCCGUCUACUUCUACCUGGUCAGGGGCGCGGACGGGAAACUCAGCACCCACUUCUGCCAAGACGCGUUCAGGUCAUCGAAGGCGAACGAUCUCGUCAAGCCUGUGUACGGCAGCUCCGUCCCCGUACUCGACGGAGAAGAUCUGUCAGUAAGAAUACUGGUUGAUCACUCCAUUGUGGAGAGCUUCGCUCAGGGAGGGCGGACAUGCAUUACAUCGCGCGUGUACCCUACCAAGGCGAUCUACGACAACGCCAGAGUUUUCCUCUUCAACAACGCGACAAGUGUCAACGUCACCGCAAAGUCGAUCAAGAUCUGGGAGCUGAAUUCAGCUUACAUCCGUCCAUAUUCAAAUUCUUUGUAAGCACAGUGCCAAGCAAUGUUUGCCUGGAUAGUUGACUCUGUGCUUUGUAUGUAGCAAUUCUUUGUAUUUUCUUAGCUUAUUGUGAGUUGAUAGUGAAGGGCAGGGAAGCAUUGGUGGACCACAGAAUGUAUAUUUGCCACAAAUAAGUUGUCCCGUGUGCUUGAAUAAUGCGUUUUAAGUAAUUUAUGGGACUUUACACAAGAAAGUAAUAUGUCCUCUUCAUGUCA